UAUAUAUAAAGACAAAAAGACGAUUUCCUGCUAGUUGCACUACUUCUCAAACGAAAGGAUCACGGUCCAACUAGCUGUUGAAGUACAGUACUCUGAGUAAAUUGUUUAUGUCGUGCCAAAUCAGGACAGAUUGAAGAAGGAAGCAAAACUGGGCUUUUCUCCUGCUGAUCACAAGAGCAAAGUCAACUCUUACCUUCCAAUCGCCAAGGAAAAAAAAAACGAGAAUCUGACAUUUCCUUAAUCCUAACCAUUUUGUAGGAGCUGGUUUUGCACACAAUUUGUUUUAAUGUUUGGAAUUCAGGAAAAUAUACCAAGAGGUGGGACGACGAUGAAAGAGGAACCGCUGGGAAGUGGGAUGAAUCCAGUCCGAUCAUGGAUGCACACUGCUGGGGUAGUGGAUGCUAACACAGCCGCCCAAAGCGGUGUGGGUUUGGCUCGGGCACAUUAUGAAAAACAGCCGCCUUCCAACCUCAGAAAAUCAAAUUUUUUCCACUUCGUCCUGGCUCUUUAUGACAGACAAGGACAACCAGUGGAGAUUGAAAGGACAGCUUAUGUGGACUUUGUGGAGAAGGAUAAAGAGCCAAACAGUGAAAAAACUAACAAUGGAAUUCAUUACAAACUCCAGUUAUUAUACAGCAAUGGUGUUAGAACAGAACAGGAUCUUUUCGUACGACUAAUCGAUUCCAUGACAAAGCAGGCAAUUAUUUAUGAAGGUCAAGACAAAAAUCCUGAAAUGUGUCGAGUUCUUCUUACACAUGAAAUUAUGUGCAGCCGGUGUUGUGACAAGAAAAGUUGCGGCAACAGGAAUGAAACCCCCUCAGACCCUGUCAUCAUUGACAGAUUCUUUUUAAAGUUUUUCCUCAAGUGCAAUCAGAACUGCUUGAAGAAUGCAGGGAACCCACGAGAUAUGCGUAGAUUCCAGGUUGUUGUAUCAACAACAGUCAAUGUGGAUGGCCAUGUCCUGGCUGUCUCAGACAACAUGUUUGUACACAACAAUUCCAAACAUGGGAGAAGGGCCCGUCGCCUUGACCCUUCAGAAGGUACGGCUCCUUCUUAUCUGGAGAAUGCAGCUACCCCGUGCAUAAAAGCGAUCAGUCCAAGUGAAGGAUGGACCACUGGCGGUGCGACAGUCAUCAUAAUUGGAGAUAACUUCUUUGAUGGCUUGCAAGUUGUAUUCGGUACUAUGCUGGUGUGGAGCGAGCUGAUAACUCCUCACGCCAUCAGAGUUCAGACCCCACCACGGCACAUUCCUGGAGUGGUUGAAGUCACCCUCUCCUACAAAUCCAAGCAGUUCUGCAAAGGAGCUCCCGGACGAUUUGUGUACACCGCAUUGAACGAACCAACCAUAGACUAUGGGUUCCAGAGGUUGCAGAAGGUCAUUCCUAGGCAUCCAGGUGACCCAGAAAGGUUACCUAAGGAGGUAUUAUUGAAGAGAGCGGCUGACCUUGUUGAAGCUCUGUAUGGAAUGCCCCACAACAACCAGGAGAUUAUUCUAAAGCGGGCAGCUGAUAUUGCAGAAGCUCUGUACAGUGUACCACGCAAUCACAACCAGAUUCCAUCUCUUGCCAAUACUCCAUCACACACUGGAAUGAUGGGAGUGAAUUCAUUCAGCAGCCAGCUAGCAGUGAAUGUAUCAGAGACAUCACAGGCUGAACAAGUAGGUUAUAGCCGCAACACAAGCAGCGUGUCCCCACGUGGCUAUGUCCCAAGCAGCACUCCUCAGCAGGCUAACUACAACACAGUAAGCAAUAGCAUGAAUGGCUAUGGCAACACAGGAAUGCCAAACUUGGGGGUGCCCAGCUCUCCUGGAUUCCUCAAUGGCUCGUCGGCCAACUCCCCCUACGGCAGUAAGUAUCGAGUAGUGCCAUCAAGCCCUACCAUGGCAGCCUCUUCGGUCACCCUCCCUUCAAACUGUAGCAGUACGCACGGCAUUUUCUCAUUUUCACCUGCCAAUGUCAUCUCUGCAGUGAAGCAAAAGAGCGCCUUUGCCCCUGUUGUCAGGCCCCAAGCAUCUCCUCCUCCCUCUUGCACCAGUGCAAAUGGAAAUGGACUUCAAGUUUUACCGGGAUAUUACUAUUCAAAAUAGUUUGAGGUUUUGAAUAGAUACAAAACAAUGUCCGGGCUGGUCGUCCCACCAAUGUAAAUUGCACUUGUUCACCUUCAGCAGCAUCAAGCUUCCACACAAUGGGUUUCAAAGGACACGUUUAGUACAUAUAGAAGAUGCUGGUAGUAACAGUGUCAUCAAUCAUGACUAAAAUCAGCAGCUAAUUCUGUUAUUCAGAAGAAAAAAAAAAACUUUGUUUCAAAGAUUUUAUUAAAAUUAUUAAGAAUUGACAUGCAAGUGAUUUCUUCAUGAACAAUUCCAUUUUAUUGACUGAAUCUUUUCUCAAGUUUUCACAUUUCUCAGUCUUGAAGGAAAAAAAAGGAACAAACAAAAAACAAAAACUAACAAAAAAAAAAAACUGCCUAUUUUGUAUAAAGUUUCUGAUCUUGGCUAUGU